AUGCAGCGCCAUCAUAGUUUCAUUCUUUGUUUUCAUCUAUCAAUAGUCACUGUGACUGCCAAUCGAUUGCAAGAUGUCGUGUUAGAUACUGAUCCUUACACAUCAGACAGAAGAAAUCCGUCAAAUAGAAAGAAGCCAGGUGGACCAUUAUUUCGUGUGUAUGGAAAAGCGAUUUAUUAUGCUGAAUGGCUACCGAACAAUGAAAACCGUCCGAAUGUCGUUCUUAUGCAAAUUGAUGGUGCGCGAGCAAGAAAAGAAGCAUCGUUCUAUGUUAAACUCACUCGUCAUCCGCAUAUCGUCCGAACAUUCGGUUUUGUGCAUGAUCGAGAUAGUGUCGAACAGAAUCGAUCGGUUCUUCUACUUCAAGAAUUUGCAUCGUCGGGCAGUUUGUAUGAACUAUUACAGAACGAACGCGAAGCUCUUGACGAAAAAGUUCUUAUUCAUAUGUUUCUACAGAUUGUCGAAGCGAUGAUCUAUUUAGCGUCAAACAAUGUCGUUCAUGGCGAUUUAGCAUGUCGAAACGUACUCGUAUUUCGUUUUGAUCGUUGUCAUCUGGAGAAGAAUAUUGUGAAAAUUACUGAUUUUGGUCUUAGCCGUCACAGUGCAUUGUACUCUAUGGUUUCUAGUAGUGCAUGUACAACACUAAAUAUCGUUCCUGUUCGAUAUGCUGCACCCGAAGUCUUAUUGGAUAGUGCCAAUUCAACGAAUUAUACGGAAAAAUCAGAUGUAUACUCGAUGGGUGUAUUAAUGUGGGAAGCAUAUACACGAUUUUUGAUGCCGUGGGCUGAUAUAGAAAACGACAAUGAUAUCGUGAGACGAGUGAUACAAGGAGAUCGCCUGCCGCAGCCAUCCAGCUGCAGUCAACCUUACUGGUCUAUUAUUGUGAAAACGUGGGCACAAUCACCAACUGAUAGGCCAACUUUUAGCGAGUUGAAGCAUCUUCUAGCUGAACAGUACUAUCGUGGAAUUCCUCGAUGGAAACAAAUAGCGCCGGGUAUAUGCUUAGAGGGCCCAUGUAGUAAUCAGCUUUGUGAAGCUUACAACCAAGGUAAUGUAAUCAUCUGUCUUGGAAUGCGAGAAUUCGACGUUGUUGGUGAGUCUGAUGAAACCACAACGAAGUGUCCCAUGUGUUCAAUGUAUGUUGAAACGAAAGCAUGUGCCUUCAAUAAAUGCAGAAGACGCUGGUCAGGUAUUAAACAACCAUGGAAUGGGCAGCCGAUUCGAGUAUCGGAAGACUGGAAAAUUGUCGAUGAUGAAUAUGAACGAUUUACCGAAGAUAGAAGCGGAACUUUCAAUUGGCGCCAAUUGAAAUUCGAAGCUAAACCGUUGUAA